AGCCAUUUGGGCUCAAGGGCUCCCGGAGGCACCCGAUGGGCGGCGGCGGCGCGGGCGAGGCCGGCGGGGCCGCGGCAUGGCGCCUGCGAGAAACGGUGGUGAGAUCCUCAGGCUUCCGGGUGUGAUCUCUGUCGGUGAUGAGUCCGAUGCGGCCACGGAGGCGACAAAGGAAGUGCGGGUGCGCCUCACCGUCUGUGAUGUUCCAGAGAUAACGAUAUCGGCGAGCCGUUUCAGCUGCAACUUCUUCCUGGAGGCAUCCUGGCUCGACGAGAGCAUGAAAGAUGAGGAUGCGUUGGACGUUGGAGAGUGGGCUCCGCAAUUUCCUGUCAAGGGCCAGUCAACACAUGGCCGGUGGAUCCCGAUGCUUCAUUUUUACAAUGUUCUGGAGCUCAAGGAUAAGGAGGACUGGUAUGUUGUCUACAAACGAGACCGCGAGGGCAUGGAACUCCUGCCGACUCCUGUGGUCUGCUACCGCAUGAGGGCCACUGGCGUAUUUCGCGAAAGGUUCGAGCUGUACGAGUUUCCAUUUGAUUCGCAGGACCUGCAAAUACAAAUCGUGUCAUUGCAUCCAUGUGUCGACCUGCUCGCGCAAGAAGAGCAUCUGUCUGGGAAGAUGAACAUUGUUCUGAAGAUGAAUCACACUGAUGAGUACGCAUGCGUUGCUCCUGGAGAUGAUAAAGACAGGUUCACUUUGUACGACGAGUACAUCAUCCAAAAUUUUGUCCGUGAGGAGAACGAGAGAACUUUAGCUGACCAUUCAACGACGAGGAAGACGUACCCUUUGCUGACACUCUACCUUAAGGUGACGCGACGGCCGGGAUUCUACCUCUGGCAGGUGUAUUUUCCGAUGUGGAUGUUGGUGGUCCUUGCAUUUUCUGUUUUGCUACUCCCAGUCAACGACUUCGGAAACCGCUUGAGCUAUCUGUCGACCCUUCUGCUUGCUGCAAUUGCGUACAAGAAUUGGAUAGGAGAUGCCUUGCCCAAGUGUUCGUACCUAACUUUUCUUGACAAGUACGUGCUUUUCUCCAUUGGUGUUAUUUUCGUUACCACGAUAGAGAGUGCCAUCGUUUUUUGGUUGUGGAAGCACAUGUCUGGUCCUGAGGACUUCGCCCCAGAGGACUUCACCAAAGAGGACUGACCAGCGAGAGCUGAACUUGGGCACAUGUCGGUCUUCGACCCAUUGACGUGACGCCGAAGCUAAGGUUGUACAUUCACAUUGGCCGCGCAUUGCAUGACAACGUUUGCCCACAUUCGGCGACUGCGCCACCACCCGUGGAGACAGACGUUGUUCCCGCCAGGUGACGCAGGAGUUGCACUGGGAGGUUGCUCGUCCAACCCUGCAAGCACCGUCAUGGUUUGCACCCAAUACCACCCCAGGCUGGCGGAAUGGGCCAAGACACCGCCCCAGGACCGUGGUGGAGGGCGAAGCACACGCGCUCGCAUGAGCACAAGCUUCUGGAGGUCGCGCGGGAGGCCCUCGCGCAGACGUUCCCCCUUCGGCCAGCGCCUUGGCUUGUUUUUUUCGGCAACCUUUGCUCAUGAGCUUUGCCCCACUUGAUGUUUGGAGCAGUUCAGAGCCAGCAUUUUGUUUGCAGACGGGGGACUUUUUCACGUAUUUUUAACCGGGCCGUGUGCAUGCUCUGCAUCGCAGCAGUAGCGGUCAGGAGCGAGCUCGUGUGGUUGGAGCCAUCGCCGCUACCUUUGACCCAUCAGCGUUGCGUUCUGCACGCAGAUCUCGGACUUUCUCCAGUGAUUCGUCGCCCAGUCGAAAUGAGAAGCAUAAACAUCGUUGAUUAUCAUUGUUUUUUUCUAGAGUGUUUAGCCUUCUCCCGUUUGGAGCUUCCAACGCUCCAAAACACCGUUGACGCUCAAAGUCGCCCUCGGUGCCUCAUUGGCGUUCGUGUCAGUGGUGCUGGUGACAGCACAAAAGGUGUGCCAAAUUUGACGGGCGUGUGUUCCUCCGAUGUGCGAGCAUCACAUUUAGUAGUUAGGCUAGGGGGUUCAGGCUCUGUGCGAGGCCGCAGCACGUAUUUCGACUUGACCGCCCAGGAUGCCUGAGGUUCCGUUGUGUCACAGGUUUUAGUCUAGCUCGUUGGUUGGCAGAUCGUUCUGCAUGCUUAAAUCGAAUACUAUCUCUUGUUGGCCGGUAAUCAGCACCACCUCGCGCUCCUCUAUCUUCCCUUAC